UUACUUGUAACAUGAAUGACGGUAAAACUACAAGUUGUAUAAUGACUGCUGUGAAUUGGACUUGAUCGUUUUACCGUACGGAGAAAAUAGUUAACGAAUUAAAGUUGUUGCAGUUAUACUAUUGCAGUGAGAAUGGAAUAUAGACGUGACAAAAAUGUUAAGUAGCGUAUCUUGUUUUCUUCGUUUUGUUCUAAAUCCUCCAGUUCUAGACUAAAGGUACCAAUUAAUUAUGUAAAAGUAAAUAAACUAAUGGGAUAAUAAUGUCAUAUGUCAAGGUUUAAGGGAAAAGAUGUGCCUAAAAUCGGUGUAGUUUUAUCGACAGGUUUUUCCCUAAAACGGCAUCAGUUAGGUCAUUAAUCUUAUAUAGAAACUUCAGUACUUUUUUAAAAUGACCUGUUACCCGGGGAAAGGUUUUUAAGAAGUUCAACUGGGUUAGUUUGUGCUUGAACCUCCCAGUAGGUCAACCUCAAGGUACAAAGGGUUUCACAGCACUCCACAGAUGGCUUCCUUCACAAACAGGAAACUUACAGGGCUGGUGGCUGCCACUUUCACCCCGCUUACGCCCCAAGGUGAGCUCAACCUGCCUGUGAUCGGUCCCUACGUUGACUACCUGGUAGAGAAACAAGGUGUCCUGAAUGUGUUUGUGAAUGGGACGACAGGGGAGGGGGUGUCCCUGUGCACUGAAGAGAGGAAGAGGCUGACAGAAGAGUGGUGUAGGAGGGGCAAGGGCAAACUGAAUCAGGUGAUUGUACACGUGGGCUGUUACAGUCUCAAGGACUCUCAAGAACUGGCUCGCCAUGCAGCCGGAGCAGGGGCUAAUGGGAUAGCUGUCAUCGCUCCCUCAUUCUUCAAAUCUGCUACUGCAGAUGGCAUUCGCCGGUUCCUCCAGGAGAUUGCCGCUGAAGCUCCAACUCUGCCGUUUUACUACUAUCACAUUCCUGCCAUGACGGGGCUCAGCUUGCGAGCCAGGGAUGUGCUGGAAGGGAUCGAUGCGCUUAUUCCCACCUUCAGAGGGCUGAAAUUCAGCGGCAGUGACCUGAUGGAUUUUGGCCAGUGUGUGUCUUAUGCAAAACCACACUGGUCGCUGCUUUAUGGCGUGGAUGAGCAGCUGCUGGCGGCGUUAUCCAUGGGUGCCAACGGUGCAGUGGGGAGCACCUUUAAUUAUUUUGGGUCCCUGGCGAACAGCUUGCUGAUGGCCUAUGGCAAAGGGGACGUCUGUCAGGCCAGGACUCUGCAGUUGCAGAUGCAGGAGUUUCUGUGCCCCGCCGUGAAACAGGGUUUUGAUGUCGCCAUGAACAAGCAGUUGAUGAGCACGCUCUCCGGACUGGCUCUCGGCCCCCCCCGCCUCCCCUUGCUGCCCUGCCCCGCUCAGCUCACCCUCUCCGUUGCGGAGCGAAUCCAGCAGGUCUCAAGGGAACAUCGCAGCUAAUAGCGGAGGUGGGAUGCGGCAAGGGGAGAAUAUCCCGAAAUUGGGAAGCACUGCGUGCCCCCUCACAGCUGCACUCACUGACCAAACGUUACAAACAGCAUUGUGGCAUCUCCCCCUUGCCAUGACAUUAACACAUGAUCAAAUCCUUCUUUCUCUUUGUAUGUUUACAAAAUGAACAAGGGAAUUUUUAACGAGACGUUUUACAAGUGAACAUACUUUAUAUAAUCUGUAUCGGUUCAGACGUGUCUCCGUGUUCAUUUUCAUUCGCAACAAGUGAAGCUCAGAGCUGAGAUGUACGAGUUCUGAGUUUCCAGGCCAUUUCUGAAACAUUUCAGCUGCUACACACACAGACACUAGAUGUCACCUCAUUGUCACUUAUUGAUGUCUUCUGUGAACCUAAUUCACUGUCCUUCUUGAUGUUGUUUUCAUCUUUUGUUUACUAUCCUAAUCAUUGCACCUUAAUCCUUGAAUUUUUUCUUAUUCAUUAUCACAUAUGUACUGUAAUAACUAAGAGCUGCUGAACAACUAACGGAUACAAUAAAACAUACAGUCACUAAA